AUGUGGCAAAACUUCUGUGAUACCACAUUUGUGUUUCAUUUUCUGAAGGCCCUUAUUACUCUAAAGAAAGGUAGCAAGCUUAUCAAGUAUAGCCGGAAAGGAAAACCCAAGAUCCGUUCUUUCAGACUUUCUAGUGACGAAACAGCAUUAAUUUGGUAUUCUCACAAAAAGGAAAAGUUCCUCAGACUGUCCUCUGUAUCUAAAGUCAUUCCUGGACAGAGAACUGCUGUUUUUAGGAGGUUUUUACGCCCUGAAAAGGACUAUCUAUCAUUUUCACUCAUAUACAAGAACGGUCAACGUUCCCUUGAUCUGGUUUGCAAAGAUCAAGUUGAAGUUGAAGUUUGGUUUUCAGCACUCGAGGGGUUAAUAAGUUCAUGCCAUAGAAAUUCUUCAGUUGAUGAGCACAAAGAUAGAGUAUCAUUCUCUGAUGAUGUAUCAUAUUAUCAAGAUAGUCAUCCAUAUGAUUCAACACUAGAUAUUGCUUCAAGUAUUUCACGUAGUUUUAACACAGCAGGUUAUUGCGGAGGCAGUUCUUUUAGUUUCCGAAGAUCAGAUGCUGGAUCUGAUCGUGCAAAUAUGAUAAGAACUAGUGGUGCAGAUAGUACUCGACUUAGUAUUUCCAGUGCCGCCCCUAGCUCUUCCAGUCAGGGUUCUGGAACAGAUGACAUAGAAUCCCUUGGUGAUGUUUAUGUAUGGGGUGAAGUUUGGACUGAUGCGGCCCCAUCAGAUGGACACACAACCUCUUCAUGCUCAAAAGUAGACGUUUUGAUCCCCAAACCUUUAGAAUCAGAUGUUGUCUUAGAUGUUAAUCAGAUAGUAUGUGGUUCAAGGCAUGUUGCUCUUACUACCAGGCAAGGGGAGGUGUUUACAUGGGGUGAGGAACUUGGCGGGCGCCUUGGUCAUGGAACUGAUACAGAUAUUAGUCGUCCCAAGCUUGUAGAGUCAAUAUCCGUGACCAUAGUUGAUUUUAUUUCAUGCGGAGAGUUCCAUACCUGUGCUAUAUCUGCUUCUGGUGAUCUGUUCAAUUGGGGGGAUGGUUCUUACCAUGCUGGAUUGCUUGGAUACGACACUGGGGCUAGCCAUUGGCUUCCAAAACAUGUCUCAGGGCCCUUGGAGGGACUUCAGGUACUAUCUGUUGCAUGUGGCUCAUGGCAUUCAGCUCUGAUCACGUCAACUGGAAGACUCUACACAUUUGGUGAUGGAACAUUUGGUGCUCUUGGGCAUGGAAACCAUGAAAGCUCCGCGUACCCAAAAGAAGUGGAAGCCUUGAAUGGAUUUAGAACUAUCAAAGUUGCAUGCGGAGUCUGGCAUUCUGCAGCAAUUGUGGAGGCCACUGUUCAGACAGGCAUGAAUGUGGUGUCUAAGAAGCUGUAUACCUGGGGUGAUGGAGAUAAGAAUCGUUUAGGCCAAGGGGACAAAGAAGCUAGGCUGAUUCCUACUUGUGUUCAAGCUCUUCUUGAGCACAAUUUUCAUCAGCUGGCCUGUGGACAAAACAUGACUGUUGCCCUUGCUACAUCUGGUCAUGUGUAUACCAUGGGUAGUUCUGACAAUGGUCAGCUCGGAAAUCCAAAAUCUGAUGGUAAACAACCUUGCUUGGUCAAAGAUAAACUAGCUCACGAGUUGGUUGAAGAGAUCUCAUGUGGAGCUGCCCAUGUUGCAGUUCUAACGUCAAGAAGCGAAGUCUACACAUGGGGAAUGGGUGCCAAUGGAAGACUUGGUCAUGGUGACCUCAAUGACAAAAAGGCACCAACUAUUGUCGAAGCACUUAAAGAUCGGCAUGUCAAAAGUAUAUCAUGCGGUUCAAACUUCACUACAUGUAUUUGCAUACAUAAGUGGGUGUCAGGAGCAGAUCAGUCUGUUUGCACAGGUUGUAGGCAGGCAUUUGGUUUCACGAGAAAGAGACAUAAUUGCUACAACUGUGGGCUAGUACACUGCCAUGCUUGCAGUUCAAGAAAAGUGCUCAAGGCUGCUCUGGCACCAACUCCUGGCAAACCGCAUCGUGUAUGUGAUUCAUGUUUCCUGAAAUUGAAGAAUGCAGAUACCAGCAGCAGCAAUGCCAACAGAAGAAAUGCUGCUACUCGUCGCUCUACUGAUAGUAGAGAAAAACCAGAGAGGCCAGAAAUAAGGCCUCCUAGGCUUGUGGCAACAUCGUCAGCAGAGCCAGUCAAGUAUAUGGAGGUAAAAGCAGCUAAAAGUGAUAUGAAAACUGCAGAUUCGAUCAUGAAGGCAUCUCAAGCUUCGGCUCUACUACAGUUCAAAGAUCUUGGUUUUGCUGCCCAAUUUGGUGGUGGGCUUCAACCUAUGGGAAUGUCACCAGCACUAGCUAUGUCACCUGCAAUACCGGCAUUUUCUUUGGCACCUCCAUCUCCAUACACAAAGAAAGCAAAAUCACCUCCUGCUUCUGCUAUUCCACAGAGCUGUAAAGUUGAUGUUGAUCACUUGCAGAAGUCAAAUGACUUGCUGAAUCAAGAACUUCUGAAAUUGCAGUCUCAGGUUGAGGAUUUGAAACAAAAGUGCGAAGCACAACAUGAGCAGCUUCAGAAAUCAGAUAAAAAAGCUAAGUCAGUUGCCUCUAUGGCCACUGAAGAAUCCUCAAAACGUAAUGCUGCCGUGGAGUUUGUCAAAUUUGUUGAUCAUGAGCUCAUGGGUAUUGUGGAUAAACUGCCUGUUGAUGCUGCCGACAGCAUGAAAGCUUUGCAAAUGAAGACACAGUCUCUCUUGAGGGAACAAUCAGGUCACCCAUCAGAACUCAUGAAUCCAAUGGAACGUGAUCAUCUUCACCUAUCCAGUGGUGGAAGUGGAAGAUAUGAUUUGGUCACUCAUAAGUCAGGAGGUGUAGGUUACCUGACAAUGUCUCAAGAUGACAGUUCUGCUAGUGGCUCAGCCAUUUCCAUCACAAGUGAAUCCCCAUCCCAUCGUUUCAUGGAAAACAGUGCAAAGGCCCAUGGUUAUUUUGCCCCGAAACAUGGUACCCAUGGAGAGGUGCAGUUAAUUGAGCAGUUUGAACCUGGCGUAUAUGUGACACUUAUCCAGCUGAAGGACGCAAGAGGAGAUUUGCAGAGAAUCAGGCUGAAGAAUGGUGGAGGGAAAACCAAGAGCGGGUCUUCAAGAAAUACAACCAUCCAACUCAUGCACCACAUGGAAACACAACUUCUUCUCACGAGGAAGAACAUCAUUCAUGACCUCCAAAUCAGGUCCACACAGGUCGUCGAGGAUGCGUUACAUGAUGAGACACUGCAAAAUAGAAUUUUGACAGGAAACUCUGCUCUCUGCUCAGGAGAUUUGCUUGGAGGAGGGCAUCAUGUAGGAGCUUUAUCACGUGAAAUAGGGUAA